AUGACAGCGACUACGGGGUCAGAUGACCCCCACACCAACAACACACAGCACAGCACUACCAGAGAUGCCGUGACGAGGCACGACCACGAUGACCCAGCGUCACGGAGGGCGAAAUGGAAGGGCUACUUUGGCCCAGGCGGGAACUUGAGACCGUUUCGACUGCUCAAGGUGGACUUGAUCAACCUCAAGGGACGCUGGGUGUCGGACUGGACAGUCUUCAACCAGCAAAUUCUCGCCAGUUCGAUUUACAUCUUCUUCACAAACUUGCUGCCGGGGAUCACAUUCGCCAGUGAUCUGUACCAGCUGACGGGAGAGUCGUGGGGCACCAUUGAGAUCGUCUUCAGCACGGGUCUGUGUGGAAUUAUAUUCGCAGUCUUCUCAGCACAGCCGCUGACGAUUCUGGGCGUCACUGGCCCAUUUUCCGUUCUGGCUGAGAACGUAUAUGAGCUGUCAGAGAAUCAGUUUAAAGUCCCCUUUCUCUCCGUGAUGGCAUGGUCUCUCAUCCACGCCGGGUGGAUGCACUACCUCCUCGCCAUCUUCAACGCCCACGACUGGACGAUGAAGUAUGUCACACACUUCAGCGGUGACAUCUUCUCCCUUCUCAACAGUGUCAUCUACUUCCACAAAGCUGCCAUGGAACUGAAGCGAACACACGAGAGGACGGAUAUGGCAGCCUUUCUAUACGCCAUCAUUGGUGCUGUGGGCACCUGUCUCGUCGCCAUUUUCCUGUCAACCGCCAACAGAUGGACACCCCUGUUCCAUCGCUACGUGAGACUCGGUCUGACAGAGUACGCGGCUGCCAUAUCCAUCAUCCUCUGGAUCGGCAUCCCAUACAUUGGCGAGCUGCGGGACCUCGACCAUGUCAGGCUCGAAGUCUCGACAACCUUUCGACCCUCGAGCCCGAAGCGCGAGACGUUUUUUGUCGAGUUCUGGAAGAUACCCCUUGAAUGGGUCUUCCUGUCUAUCAUACCCGGCGCCAUUGUCACCGUUCUCUUCUACUUUGAUCACGAGAUUAGCAGCAUCAUCUGCACCAUUGACCGCUACGGCGUCCGCAGGCCUGGUGGCUUCGCCUGGGAUGUCAUUCUCCUCGGCACGACCACAAUCAUGUGCGGCAUCCUGGGCAUCCCGCCGGCCAACGGCCUCCUUCCCCAAGCACCGCUGCAUUCCGAGAGUCUUCUGCACUAUGUGAAGAAGGAGGAGGAGAACAGUACAGGAUCGACAACAUCCGACGGCCAAGUCCGGGAGCCACAGUUCGUCGCGCGCACCUACGAGCAGCGGUACUCGCCCUUGAUCCAAGCCGUCCUCAUCUUGGUCUUCGUCUCCCCGCCGUUCCAGAAGCUUCUCGGCUUCACGCAGACUUCCGUGCUCGCUGGACUCUUUAUGUUUAUGGGCUACCAGUCCCUGAGCGUCAAUCCCAUCCUGAACCGCAUCGCCAAUCUUCUGACGCCUCCAUCGGAAUUACCACAACUACCGGACAAGGUGACGUGGAUGGGGAUCCACGGCUACACGGUGACGCAGAUUGUCGUGACGGGUAUUGUCUUCGGCGUGACGCUGACUGUUGCCGCUCCUGCGUUUCCCCUGAUCAUCAUUGCGCUGGUGCCUCUUCGUCUGACGCUGAUGAUGAAGAUAUGGUCAAGAGAUACUUUGCGCCUGGUCGAUGGAUGGGCAUGUCGAGAAGGCAAGCCGGAGGAUGAGCCGCCUCUCCAGUCCUCAGCGCGCGGGCGUUUCUAUAUCUCCAUCACCAUGGUGCUUUCAGUUGCCGGCAAGAAUGCCAUCAUCACUGGCGGUGGAUCAGGCAUCAACUUGGAAUUUGCCAGACUCCUUCUCAACAAAGGCUGCUCAGUCCUCAUAGCCGACCUCCAUUGUCGCCCCGAGGCCCAGUCCCUGCUGGAGCAAUUCCCCCCGUCCUCCUCCAACAAGCCCCAGGCUCUCUUCCACAAGACGGACGUCACCUCGUGGCCGCAGUUGACCUCGCUCUGGAAGACAGCCCUCGCCCACUUCCCCAGCAUCGACAUUGUGGUGCCCGGCGCAGGCAUCUUCGAGCCCCAGUGGUCGUCCUUCUGGGACCCGCCGCAGUCCGAGAGCAACCCUUCCUCUGCGUCGAGGUAUGACGCCAACGGCGAGCCGGGCCACUACGCCGUCCUGGACGUCAACCUCGCGGCCCCCAUCCGGCUGAGUCAGAUGGCCAUCGGCCACUGGACCUCCCACAAGCAAAAGGGGUGCCUCGUGCAUGUGGGCAGCAUCGCCGGGUACUGCACCGCCAUCAACACGCCCCUGUACUUUGCGAGCAAGCAUGGCUUGCACGCGUUUGUGAGGUCCCUGGGUGGCCUGCGAGACGAGCUUGGCAUCAGGGUCGGGUGCGUGGCGCCAGGUAGCGUGCGAACACCCAUGUGGGCGGAGGACCCAACCAAGGCCCGCUUGGUCGAUGAGAAGACCGUCCUCAUUGAGCCAGAGGAGAUUGCCGAGGCCAUGUAUAGCCUGGUGGUGGAUGAGGACCUGGGCAACGGGACGAUAUACGAAUGCGGCAAGGGAAGCACGAGGGUGGUGCCCGAGUACAACAUGGAUCCGCCGAACGUCGCUGGCGCAAUGGUGCCAGGGUACCAGGACGCCCAGCGGGAGCUAUAUGAGAAUCUGAGGAACAAUGGCAUGAAGGUGUAA